GACAUGAAGAAACUUCUGUUGAUUGAUGCUGAUUGUGGUGUUGAUGACGCUCAAGCUAUAAUGAUGGCUCUUGCAAAUCCCGGUGUAGAAGUCCUGGGGAUUACUUGCACUUAUGGGAACAACCUAUUGGAAAAUACAUCUAGAAAUGUGCUCCGUGUGUUACAUGUUUGUAAUAAGCUUGAGAUUCCAGUUUAUCCUGGUGCUACUGCUCCUCUACUUGGUGGGCCUGUGACAGGGGCACUGUUCCAUGGCAAAGAUGGAUUGGGUGAUGUUCCUGAUCCUAAUGCACCAGGAACAGAACUUCUGCAGAAAGAAAAUGCUGUGACCGCAAUAUUAAGAAUAGUGAAUGAGCGACCAGGUCAGAUAUCUCUGGUUGCUCUUGGUCCAUUGACGAAUAUAGCACUAGCAGUAAAAAUGGAGCCAUCACUUCCCAAGAAACUUAAAAAUUUGUUCAUCAUGGGAGGAAAUACUGAAUCCAGAGGAAAUGUUAAAGUGUGUGGAGAAUUCAAUUUUGCAACUGAUCCUGAAGCUGCUUACAUUGUCUUAAAUGAGUACACCUGUCCAAUGUAUAUUGCAGCCUGGGAGUUCACCUGUGCCUGCUCACUGCCCUGGGAAUUCUACCAUGAAUGGGUAAAUCAGAAUACUGAGAAAGCCAAGUUCAUGAAGAAAAUAUUUGCUCAUUCUUUAAAAAUCGCAAAGCCUCAUUUAGGCUUUGUUUCUUGCGACUCUUAUGCCAUGGCUGCUGCCAUUGAUGAAAACUUUGUCACGGAAGUCACAGUAAUUGGCGUAAGUGUUGAGCUUAGUGGCUGUCUAACCAGAGGAAUGAUGGUAAUGGAUUGGUCUGAUCAUCUGAAAAAGGAACACAAAGCAUUUGUAAUGAAAAACUGUGAUUUAGAGAAAUUCCAGGGGCUUAUGAUGGAUGCUUUGAAAUAA